GAAUCAUACCACUAGACCAAACGCCCAGUUAUGAGUUGGUCUCAAAAAAUUUUUUUUUGACGUUUCGCCGUCAAUCCGCCUGAUUAAACCCCUAAAUUCAUCAACUUUGCUUCGUCUCUCUCCCUCUCGAAAUCAGCUGGUUUUAUUCAAUAUUCUCCUCGUCAUUGCUGCCAAUUUAGGUCAGGAUUUGUAAUCGAUGGCGCAGCCCAGCAACACUGCUGUUGGGGUAGACAACACCUUCAGGAGAAAGUUCAAUCGGGAAGAGUACUUGGAGCGCGCACUCGAGCGCGAAGAACAGGAGGCGGAGGGACGGGUUAAAUCCAGAUCGAAAGGGCCGCUGGUGCAACGGAAACCUUUAAAGCAUAGGGACUAUGAAGUUGACCUUGAGUCCCGCUUGGGGAAAACUCAGGUUGUCACACCAAUAGCACCUUUAAGCCAGCAGGCUGGGUACUACUGUUCCAUCUGUGAAUGUGUAGUAAAGGAUUCUGCCAAUUACUUGGACCAUAUCAAUGGGAAAAAGCAUCAAAGAGCUUUGGGCAUGUCUAUGCGGGUAGAGCGUGCAUCUCUUGAACAGGUGCAGCAGCGAUUUGAAGUGCUCAAGAAGCGAAGAGUUCCAGGCAGUUUCACAGAGCAGGAUCUUGAUGAGCGGAUCUUAAAACAGCAGCAGGAAGAGGAGGAGCGGAAGCGCCAGCGUCGGGAAAGGAAGAAAGAGAAAAAGAAAGAGAAAGCAGCCGAAGAGGAAGCUGAGAUGGAUCCUGAUGUUGCAUCUAUGAUGGGAUUUGGGGGCUUUCGAUCAUCAAAGAAAUGAUCAUGGUAGACUUGCCUUUCAAAAUUGAUAGUUGCUCACAUUGCCCAGUUAAUCUUUGGAGAUCUUUUCCUUCACCGAAGGAAGCAUGGCCUUGCUGCUGGUGGUUGCCCAUUUGAAAGUGCAACCAUACCACCACACAAAAGAAAGGCACACAUGCUCAAUGAUUAUCAUGGAUUUUGCAGUUUGUGUAUCAUUUUUAUUCUUGUAGAGUUAUUUCCCUAAUUAAGAAGCAUUUGUACUGCCGGGGAUUAAUUAGUUUGUACUUGCAGCCAGUGCAAAUGAGCACUGGAAGCAUUGAUGCUGUAAUGAAAUGGAACAAUAAGGCUGAAGAUAUUUCCCUUUUU